GUCUUGUUUGCUUUAUACGAUGUGUUGUCAAAUCUGGAGACUUUUGUUCGUUUGGGAUGUUCUCGUGACAGAGAACUUCAAGAUUGAAGCUUUUUUUAUAUAUAUGUGAAACUGUGACUUAAAAAAGGGACAUUUCUGGUCUAGGUGACAAUAUGAGAAAGAAGCAUCAAUACCCAAGAACAGAAGAAGAAGAAGAUGAUCCAGAUAACACUGAACUUGAGAGAAACAAGAAAACGAAGAAGAACAAUCCAGAAACAGAAGUUGAUUCUUCUAUUUCUUCCGACCACUCUUGUUUUUGGGCCCUUGUCACCGCUUCGAAUCUACACAAAGAUGCUCUGGAUCUUCCAAAAGAAUUCACAAGCUCAAAUCUUCUUGAAAAAGAAUGCCGCAAAAUUGUUUUAAGAGACAGGUGGGAAAGAUCAUGGGCAAUGGAUCUGGCGUUCAAAAAAUCAUCUGACACUUUCUACAUAAGGCAAGGCUGGAGAAGCUUCUGUGAUGAAAACGGAAAGAAAGCAGGAAGUUUCUUUGUUUUCAAGCUAGUUGGAAACAGAGAAACACCUUUGCUCAGUCUAUGUUCCACAGGAUCAACCAGUAACAGGAACAACAAAGAAUCUUGUGUGGAGCAUUCAACUACACCACCAAUCAAAAGCCGUUUAAUGACCUUAACAAUUGAGCACGCGAGCUUCAUAAAAGGAAGCCUGCAUCUUCCACUGCGUUUUAUGAAGAAACAUGGUUUGGAUAAACCUCGGUUGAUAACUCUGUUGGGCAAAGAUGGCACAAAGUGGGUGGCAAAUCUGCGACGUGAAAGCUCAGGUGGAAGAAUGAGGUUGGGGAAAGGCUGGAAAGAUUUUGCUUUAGCCAACGGCUUAAAGGUUGGGGACUCCUUUACGUUUGAGUUAGUCGGGAAAAACAAUACUCCUCCUAUGCUUAGUUUGAUUAGAACAGAAUCCACAAGUGAUACAAGGCAGCCCAGCAGUGGAAACAAGACCAGGGAAGGGAAGCAGACCAUAGAGGAGAGGAGAGAUUCAUCUUCAGCAAUCAAAAAUCAAGUUGUGACAUUAACACUCACACCUGAUGAUGUCAGAGCCUGUCAACUAAUUCUUCCAAGUCAAUUCAUGAAGGCUAAUGGUAUCUACAAGCUUGGAAAGAUAACUCUGUUGGGUGAAAAUGGAACGAGGUGGCUUGCAUUUCUACUGUCAAAAGAUGGACUUCUGGCUCUUGGUUGUGGUUGGAAGGACUUUUGUGAGGCUAAUGGCGUUAAGACAGGAGAGUCAUUCACUUUGGAAUGUAUUUGCGAAGCUAAUGACACAACUCAUGUUAAGUUCUGUUCCAACUCUGGAGAGUAAAGACAAAAAAAUUAGUUGGUUAGAAACAUGUUAAGUGUACAAUCUUUGACACUGAAACUAUUGGUGUAAGAGACACGAUCUUUGCAGUGCAAUAGAAUUGCUCUUGUGUUCCAUGAAAUGCCGUGAUUUUUUUACUUUACAAUCGUUGCUGAUUCAUCUGUUAGUAUCAGUAGAGUUGAGGACUACACAGUGCCAAAAAAGUAACCUCCUAUUCUUAUUAUUAUGCCUAGACUUGGGUGUUUGGGGGAUUCAGUUGUUUUUCU